AAAGUGUUGGUAUACGUCGCCGGAAGCUCUAAGUUCUUCAGUCCGCUCUCCGAAGCCAUUUGCAGAGCCAUUGGACAGUCAUUGGCCAGCAUUCCGUUCCUCGUAUUGGUCACAGGUGGUGUCUACGGUGUGGCCGAGACUACGGGUAGAACUUUUUGCGAAGAACGGGAACUAUUGUUGAAGGAAAAGCCCGCAAAUCUGUACCAUAUUUUGCCCCGAUAUGUGUCACAGGACCAAUCAAUGAAAGCGCGUCAGAACCCCGACGGGACGUUUCAGAACCUGCCGUUCGGUCACACGCUGUUCAUCGGCGACUCAUUCAAAGAGAGGGAUUCAGUGGUCGCCCGACUCUUCAACUACUGUAUUAUAAUAGAAGGCGGACCCAGAAGUGCGCGCAUCGCCGAAGAGUUCAUGUGGAACGACAAUAUAGUGAUUCCCAUCAUAUGCACGGGCGGUGCGGCCGCCGGUCAGUUCGAUUUGCCCCCAAAGAUACACGACGUGCCGCUCGGCGUCCAUCAGGACGACUGGUCAACACUCGUGCGUCGGGACGUGACCGCCGAGAACAUCGCUGAGUCCGUCAAAAACAUUAUCUGCUCUUUAGUUAAGUGCAGAUCCAGGAAGAAGAUGAAAGACAAACACGUGUCCGGCUUUAGGAAUCCCAAGAACCGAACCAAUAAAAUGCGGACCAAACAAAUGUAAUGUCCCAUUGGUUUGGAUUAAUAGAUAAUCUAAACAUUAGACACAGACCUCAUUGUUGUUAUACACCAUUACUGCUACUAUGUAUACAAAUAUUUAUACUUUACUUAAUUUGAGUUCAAUUAAUUUAAAAUAAUGUAAAUUCA